UGUUUUCACUUGACCCAUUAAUUUCUACCCCGUUUUUGUUGCACCACUCAUUGCUCAUACGAGGCGUCAUCUGGCCUGCACUCUAUAUUUUAUAUUCGACCGAAUGAUGGUCACGUACCAGCCCCGGAGUGCGGUGAACAUUUUUUAAUCACCCGGUGACGUGCUCGGGAGCUUACCCAACAAUUGUCCAGGGAAUAUCCAGCCCCAGCUCCAGUUCCAAUCUACCUCCAAGCGUCUUACAGUAGCGGUACUUCAGGGCUGAGGGGUAAGGAAAAAGAAUAUACAUACAUAUGUACGUAUUGAUACAUUAUUGAUGGAUCUGUAAAGUGAGGUAGGAUUUGAUUGCUAAAUAACAAGCACAAGAUCCGCAAAAUAUUUAACUUAUAUUACACGGAAUUUUGUGUGUGGUCUCUUAACAGUUAAUUCCUCUAUUAGUUACAUGGUUCUAUAUAAUAUGUUAUGUAUAGGAUAUAAAAAGAAGCCUAUAACAGCCUGGAAACCUUUUUCAUAGUAUAUACAUUAUUAAAAAUAUUUACAUAUUUUCCUAUCCUUAACCAGUAAGCUUUAAUAAUUGCAGAGAAUCGAAUAUUCGAUGAGCGGGAGCGGGAGAACCAAAGGAGCUCCUGUUCAGCCAUGGGCCAUGGUCAACCCAUAAUUUGCUGGUAAUUUAUCAAAAUCUAGAUUAUUAUCCUACUGAUGGAUUAUGCUGUGUGUGUCGAUUAGUAUAUACCUCAUAUUCUGAGGGUUCCACUCGCCCACCGGCACCACCCCAUAUAGCCACCUCAAAUCCCAUCCCCCCUUCCUUCAGGUGAACUUGCAUUUUAGAUGGACAAUGACCAGAUGUUAACAUUUGUAUACCCUGUACCUAGAGCAGACACGGCGUGUAUGGUAUUGUAGAGUCCGUUGGGGACACUUGGGGAAUGCUUGGAUGCCAGCGCCUAUUCAUAUGUUCUUAUGUGUGUCCUCUCAGAGGCGUCCGUUGGCUAUCUCUGACGACCAAUCACGCUCGCAUGAUCCGCUCUCUCGCUAUCGGUAUAGGAAAGGUUCCCCAAUGAAAAGUGGAAAAGAUAAUAAUUUGAAAAAUGCACCCUCACAGUUAACUGUGCCUUAUAAUGCUUUAUAAUAAUCAGAGUUACGGUAUCCCAUAGUAUAUGGGAUCUAGUAUAUGUAUGCUUCUAACCUGCAGUUGUUGUUGCAUUGUGCCAAUUCAGAACUUCCACAAAACUGAGGCACGAAAACAACAAUAAAUUGGAAAGCAAACACCAACCAGGUUGUUGACAACAUACACACACGCACACACACCACACGCGUGCACGUUCGCCGAGAGAGCCUCCUGCUCCUGCACCUGCCACCUGCCUCGGGGGGCGUCGUUGUUCUAAUGGUAGAGACGGGGGCUGGCGGCCUGGCCCCAUUUAAUGGUUAGCGCGAAAAAUAUUGUUGUUAUUGUGUUUUCCCUCAUAAGUGGACGGUUGGCGCGGAGCGGCGCGGACAAGGCAAAAGCUCAGUCAGUCACACUUUGGCAGGCGAGGACGAACCACGAACUAACGGACUUUCCCUCUGGUUCUGGGGUCCAAAAAUUGACCGACUACCCCGACUGGAACAUGUCAUAAGGUUUGGACAGAACCUUCGUGCAAUGAAUGAUGGGCUGCGGUUCGUCCAUGGAGACGCAAUCGAAUCCUGUUGUGACAGAGGUCAGCACAGAAUUCCGCCAGCAACAAAAUGGUGCCGCUGUAACGAACAUUAUCGAUGAAUAUGUACGACUGGACGAACAGAUCAGCAAGAUGGAGGGCAGUUGUCCGGGACCCAGAAUGGCCACCGCCGAGGCCUGGAUCGAGCAUCUGCAGGGCAAACAUGAUGCAAUGUUGGGUCUAGAUGGCAUGGAGGUGGCACAGCGUCGACAGGAAGAGCAGCAGGACACCGAAAUGGAGGCACUAACCCUGUCCAGUUACCCUGCCCAGAAACGGGACGGUAAUCAAAUUGUGGCAAACACGCCCACCAAAGACCUGGCCCAGCUUGCCUACAACCUCGGCGUGAUUGGCGACGCACGUAAAGCUUCCAUGCACGAGGAUUUCUUUGCCAAUCUGAGCGAAUCGGCGCUCUAUUUGCUCAGCAUUCGAUACUAUGGGGAACUGCUGGAGCACACCAAGGAGCGCCUGAAGACGCUCGCCGAGAGCUAUGCGGAGCUGAACGAGCUGUAUGUGAGGCAGGAUGGGAUCAUAGCGUACAUUAGUGGUGGCACCUACAUGACCCGCCUGGAGGAGACCAUCGACGAGCAGCUGGAGACGGCCCGCGAUACACGCGACAAACUGGGCAGUACCUUGGAGCAGUGGCGCAUCUGUGGACUCCUGCUCCGAGCAGCCGCCAACUCCUCCACGCAGGCACUAAAGCAGUGGCAACAGCUUAGUAGGAUCAUUGAUCCAAAACAAAAGCUGCAAUGGGCGCUGGACUGCCGGAGUCUGCUCCAUGCAUCAAUGAUCUCCCUGGAGGCUGCUCAGCUGGCCCUGCCCCACGUGGAGCUCAAAUACAUGAGUCAUCGCCAAGUGCUGGCCGUCAAACACUGCAACACCUACCUGAUCACGGACAUAGCCAACAAGGCACGUUACGAGCACACAAGCCGCGUCUUUUCCACCUACGAGGCCAACAUGUCCAAGACGUGCACUUGGCUGUACGAGACAUUCAACAACACGCUUCGCAUCGACUUUGACAAGUCCGAACGCACUGUGUCCCGCUUAUCGAAGACACUGCGCGAUCAUCGCGCGGAGGUCUUCAGUACUGCGCGCAAAUGAUACAACUCAACCAUUU